AUGUUUGUACUGUCUUCUGUGGAAGCUUUUGACCAUGGUUUUAUGGAUAAAUGUACAAAACCAAAUGAAGUUUUGAAACGUUGUGGAACUCCAUGUCCUUUAACAUGUGAACAACCAGUCGUGAGCAAAUGCAGUAGAAAAUGCAUGAUUUCAGUUUGUGAAUGUGAUACUGGUUACUACAGAAAUUCUGAUGGCGAUUGUGUAAAACUACACGAGUGUGGAAUCUCAUCAAAAAACACUAACAAUCGUUCAAAUAUAAACGAAUUUGAAAAUUACGACAAACAAAAUGAAGUUUGGGAAUGCUGUGAAGAAAAUGAAGUUUGGGCACAUUGCAUUUCUAAAUGUCAGCAAAGUUGCGACGAUUGGGAAUUGGAUGAAUCCGAAGUAGAUUGUGCACAAGGAUGUGAACCUGAAAUGAACUGUGCCUGUGCUGAAGGAUUUAUUAGGCAAUUUUUGCCUGAUGGACCUUGUAUUGAACCUCAUAACUGCCCGCCAAAGGAUCAUGAGAAAAAAUAA